AUGAGUGAUGAAAAAUUAGAAAUGACUGUGCCUUCAAUUGACCAUGACGACAAAUUGAAAACAAAUCUAUCAUCAUCUCCACCGUCCCCGAUUCCAUCUCCGUCAACAACACCAAUAACUUUAACAAAACUUGGUUCAUUAACCAAUCGUAUACUUUCACCAAGCAAUAUUAAUUCGUCGCCAAUUUCAAUAAAUUCAUCUUCUUCAUCACAUAUUUCACCGAUUAAAUCGUCCUGCAAUUCUUCUUCAUCUUCUACUCGACGCACAUUUAACAUCUGUGAUAUACUUGCUAAACCUUCAGCAUCAUCCGUUGACAGUAAUAAUAAUACUCGUCUUAAUCAUUUAAUUAAGAAACCUAAAGCUCAACGAUUAGAUGAUUAUACAAAAUUAAUACUUGAACAAAAAUCCAAUCAUUUAAAUGAUAAUAAUAAUAUAGCAAAGAAUCUUAAAUCCGUCUAUUCACAUUCAGAUAAUGAUGAUGAUUACGAUGAUGAACAUCAUGAUUCAGUCAGUGAUUGUGAUGUAUCUGAUGGAUGUCUAUCAGAAACUGGUGAUAAGACUCAUGAUGACGAUUUAAAUGUAUCUAUAAGUGAUGGUGACAAAUCAAAAUCAUCAUCAACAACUUCAUCGACAGCUGAUAAACCAUCAAAACCACGUCGGGCACGAACGGCAUUUACAUACGAGCAAUUGGUUGCAUUAGAAAACAAAUUUAAACAAACACGGUAUUUAUCCGUUUGCGAACGACUUAAUCUUGCAUUAUCAUUAUCACUAACAGAAACACAAGUAAAAAUCUGGUUUCAAAAUCGACGAACAAAAUGGAAAAAACAAAAUCCUGGCCUCGAUGUUAAUUCUCCAACAAUACCAACUACAGUCGGCUCAUCAUCUGUAGGAAUGCAUUCAGCUGCUGCUGCAGCUUAUGUUGCUUGUGCUGCAUCAUUUUAUAAUUCUCAACAACAACAAAUGAAUGGAUCUUCAUCAUCAAAUUCUUCAACAACAAAUCCUUAUCCACUUAUAUCACCACUCUAUGCUGCAUCACUCUAUGCUAAUGCGCGAAAAUUCAGUUGA